UUCAGUUUUUUGUUUAGUCACUAAAAUAAAAAAUGUCUGAAAAACGUAGUUUAGCCAGAGUAUAUGCUGAUGUCAAUACGCAAAAACCAAGAGAGUAUUGGGAUUAUGAAGCUCAUGUUAUUGAAUGGGGUCAGCAAGAUAACUAUCAACUGGUGAGAAAGUUAGGUCGAGGAAAAUAUUCAGAAGUAUUUGAAGGGGUCAGCAUUGUCAACAAUGACAAAGUUGUCAUUAAAAUACUUAAGCCAGUAAAAAAGAAGAAAAUAAAGCGGGAAAUAAAGAUAUUAGAAAAUUUACGAGGUGUUCCAAACAUCAUUACAUUGUUAGAUGUAGUAAAAGAUCCUGUUUCGAGAACGCCAGCUUUAGUGUUUGAAUAUGUUAACAACAUAGAUUUUAAGCAACUAUAUCAACAGUUUACAUCAGAAGACAUUAAAUUUUAUUUGUAUGAGCUCCUAAAGGCCUUAGAUCACUGUCAUAGUAUGGGAAUAGCACAUCGCGAUGUCAAACCUCAUAAUGUAAUGAUUGAUCACGAACAGAAAAAACUACGACUUAUUGACUGGGGACUAGCAGAAUUUUACCAUCCUUCCCAAGAGUACAAUGUGCGAGUAGCAUCUCGAUAUUUUAAAGGACCUGAACUUCUUUUAGAUUUUCAAGAGUAUGAUUAUUCAUUAGAUCUAUGGAGUUUCGGAUGUAUGUUUGCUAGUAUGCUUUUCCGUAAAGAACCAUUUUUUCAUGGCCAUGACAACACAGAUCAGUUAGUGCGAAUUGUAAAAGUCCUUGGUACAGAGGAUUUGUUUGAUUAUAUUGAAAAGUAUAAAAUCGAGUUAGAUUUACGAAUUAAAGAUAAGUUAGGAGGAAGACACUCGAAGAAACGUUGGGAACGUUUUGUAAAUAAUGAAAAUCAUCAUUUAGUAAGCGCUGACGCAAUAGACCUUCUAGAUAAAGUUUUAGUAUACGAUCAUAAUAAGCGAUUAACUGCGCGUGAAGCCAUGGAUCAUCCAUAUUUUAAUAGUGUAAAGUCGGGAAAAGAAGAUGAAAUGAAGUAAAUACUUAUAAAACCAAUCCUGGUUUUUGUUUUUCUAAAGUGAUUUCGUUUCAUUUGAUGUAACAACGAAAUAGCACGUGCUGAAAAUUCCAAGAUUGCACGUGCGAUAAGCUUUUAAAUGAUACAUGACACACGUAUGUUAUCACGUUAUUUUGUAUAAGGAUUGUUAAGGUUUUUUGGCCACAAUUGCACUUGUGCGUGAUCGGUUUAACGAUCUUUGAUUUCAAACGGCAGGUGUACACGUUUUUUGUUGUUGUUGCUUAUAAGUUAUGCCUUGAUGUAAACGUUUUGAAAAUCGCUAUUAUUUAUUUAAGUUAACUGAGUUACCGAUUAUUCUUUGAAUAGGUAUAUCUCUAUAUAA